UGUCACGAUCGCCGCUCCUCGGGCAAGGCGGGGACGGCUUCCCGAAGGGCCCGGGAGCCUAGACGUCCCCUGCGCUUACCUCUGAGGUUGUCUACUCGCUUGGGCACAUGGGUCCACUUGACUCGUCCGCGGCUCCUAAAGGAUGUUUGGUUGUACAAGAUGCUCUACCAAUAUCUCUGACCUUUGAGGAUGUGGCUGUAACCUUUACACAGGAGGAAUGGGGGCAGCUGGACCCAGUUCAGAAGACUCUGUACCAAGAGGUGAUGCUGGAAAUCUCUGGACUCCUGAUCUCUCUCGGGUAUCCUGUUCCCAACUUUGAACCACUUGGCCAGCUGGAGCAGCAGUGGGAGCUGUGGACAGUGGCAAAAGACACCUCCCAGAGCACCGGCUCAGGUGACAAUGGGAAAACCAGGGCCACAGAACCCACCGCUUGUGAGCUGGCUUUGUCUGAAGAAGCCUUCCUCCAGGGACAGCUAACACAAGGAACCUCCAGGGACUCCCAGAGGGUGCAAGCCAGGGUUCAGGAUGCUGUGUCCGAAGUGCAGCCAGGAUGCGCGACUGCACAUGGUGGUUUAGGGACAGCUCAGGAACUGUGUUCAAGGAUCGCACAGGAGGAAGAGGAAGCUCUCUUCAAAUGCAGCGAAUGUGGGAAAGUGUUUACGAAGAAACACCUCCUUGCGGGGCACGAGAAAAUCCACUCCGGAGUGAAGCCGUACGAGUGCACAGAGUGUGGGAAGACCUUCAUUAAGAGCACUCACCUGCUCCAGCACCAGAUGAUCCACACGGGGGAGAGGCCCUACGAGUGCCUGGAGUGUGGGAAGGCCUUCAACCGCAAGUCGUACCUGACGCAGCACCAGCGCAUUCACAGCGGGGAGAAGCCGUACCAGUGCGGGCAGUGUGGCAAGGCCUUCACGCACCGCUCCAACUUCGUGCUGCACAGCAGGAGGCACACCGGAGAGAAGUCUUUCGUGUGCACAGAAUGUGGACAAGUCUUUCGACAUAGGGGAGGUUUUCUUAGACACUACGCCGUUCAUGGCGGGGAGAACCCCUAUGAGUGCUUUGAGUGUGGCCAAGUCUUCAAACACAGGUCCUACCUCCUGUGGCACCAGCAGACGCACACUGGGAAGAAGCCCUAUGAGUGCAGUGAGUGCGGGAAGGUCUUCCUGGAGAGCACAGCGCUGAUUCACCACUACGUCACCCACACUGGAGAGAAGCCCUUCGAGUGCCUCGAGUGCGGGAAGGCCUUCAACCACAGGUCGUACCUCAAGAGGCACCAGCGCAUUCACACCGGCGAGAAGCCCUUUGUGUGCAGUGAGUGUGGAAAAGCUUUCACUCACUGCUCUACUUACAUCUUGCAUAAGAGAGCCCACACUGGAGAAAAACCUUUCGAGUGCAAAGAAUGUGGGAAAGCUUUUACCAACCGGAAAGACCUCAUUCGCCACUUCAGCAUCCACACUGGGGAGAAGCCGUACGAGUGUACGGAGUGUGGGAAGGCCUUUGCCCGCAUGUCAGGCCUCACGAGGCACAAGCGGAUCCACAGUGGAGAGAAGCCCUAUGAGUGUGCCGAGUGUGGGAAAUCGUUUUGCUGGAGCACGAACCUCAUCCGGCACGCCAUCAUCCACACUGGGGAGAAGCCCUAUAAGUGCAGCGAAUGUGGAAAGGCCUUCAGCCGCAGCUCAUCCCUCGCCCAGCAUCAGAAGAUGCAUAGUGGGAGAAACCCCACCAGAGGAACGGAUGGGGGGAGCCCUCUCACGGGUGCGCACACCGCAGUGACCCUCCGAGAACUCCUUAUGCGGAAAGAGUUUUUGAAUGUAACCACUGAGGGAAAUCUUUUGCCACAGGAAACAUCUUCCUCACCAUCAGAUCGUUUAUACCAAAGAGAAACUCCACAAGUGUCUUGAUUGUGGGAAAACCUCCGGUUACAGGAGGUUGCUUGUCAUCUGGAGAGGAACUCUGCAGUGGACCCAGCCUGCAGCCUUAUUCCCCAUUGGCACACUCACCCAGGAGGGAGAUGCAGGGUGUGGGGUUUGCACAUGAGGAAACCUUUAGCUGUAUCUCCCGAGUUUACAGUGCAGUGUUAUCUCAGGAAUUGGUUUUACAAAGAAGUAUAGAUGAAAAUUAAAAGCACAUGUCUCUUCAGAUCUUUCUGCCAAGUCUGUGACACUUUGUUGUUGAUUGCUUGGUAUAGUUGGGGUGGAGAGAGCGCUUUAGAGGUAGAAAGCCUUGGCCAUCUUUGUGUCUUAGGUAGGCAUCUGUAUGCUGGUUGUCUAUCAGGAGCAUUAGCCGAGGGCACAUCUGCAAAAGUUAAUUUUGUGCAUGCUUUAUGUGUGCUACAAAAGGUUCUUU